GCCGGCAUUUCAGCGUGUGCUGUCGGUGCGUUGGGAUGCAGCAGCGACUCUCGCCGUAUCUCCUUUGGCCAGCUUGAAGCCGCGUUCCAUCCGACGCCCUGAUCGGCCAUCGCCCAGUCCUCGCCUUCUUCCUGUUCACACAUCUCGGCUCGGCCAGCACCCCGGUCCUGCCUGUUAUCGCCUCGAUCUCACGCUCGCCCAGCCAAAGAGUCGCAGCCCAUGGAGAUCGAGGUCAAGAUUCGUCUGCCAGAUCGCCAGACCUUCGACAGAGCACUCAGUGCCUUUGAGCGUUCCUCCGAGCUGCUGGCCAAAGAGCUCCAGGAAAACUACUACUUCGACACCACCUCGAUGCAGCUAGAGCGGGCAGACUUUGCCCUGCGUCUGCGGCGGACUGCGAUCCUCAAACCGGAAGAGCUGGCGUGUGGCGACAGCAAGGGAUCGGUCGUAUCCACCAUAGCGCUCAAGUCCAAGCCGAUCCUCGUCGAUGGCAUCUCGACUGUCCAGGAGCUCGAAGACAUCAUCGAUGAUGCGCUUGUCAAUCAAAUCCUCGACAACCCCGAUAACUUUGCCCUAAAGUCAAAGGAGCAUCCCAUUCUAAUGGAGCUCUCGAAGCGCUUUCCCAAUCCCUCGCCAUUCCGGCUCCUGGGCAAGUUCGUCAACACCCGGCUGGUCUUUUCGUGGCUGCGCUUCGUUGUGGAGCUGGAUCGGACGGAGUACGACUUUGGCGAGGGAUAUGAAAUCGAACUGGAGCACAGCGACGCCGAAGCAGCAAAGGGCGAGCUGACCCAGUUCCUGGAAACGAACGACAUUCCCUAUACCUUCAGCAAAGGCAACAAGCUCUCCAACAUGGUCCUGGGCAAGAUUGUAUGAGUCGCCCCGCAGCUUCCAGCUAUCGAUCGCGCCAUGUCCUGCCUCAUCGACUUGCUGCUGCACUUGCGGCUGCCACUCCAUGUCCAUUGUCUGUCUGUGACUUUCCCGAAUACACUUACUCCUCCAUCCAAA